GCGGAGCGCUGCUCCCGCCAGAGGCUGGCCGACUCGGCCGCCCAGGCAUCGCGACUGCCCGCCCUGGCCCCUCGCAGUUCCUGCACCCAUGGCAGCCAGGUGGCCUGCCACCAUGUGACCUGGGGGGUCUGGGUCAACAAGUCCUCCUUCGACCAGGCUGAGCAGGCCUUCAUGGAGUGGUCUCAGUCCCUGCUGCUGGCUACAGAGGGCACCAGUGGCCACGGGCAGGGCGCUCCUGACACUGGCCAGCAGGUGGCCCCACGUGUCCUGGCCCUCCAGCCCAUCCCGCCAGCCAACGGCCGGCCCCCGCUGGGCAGCCUGCAGGCCCUGGUGCAGGAGGUGUGGCUGGGUGCGGCUACAGGAGCGGGCGGGUCAGGCCGAGGGUGCCCGGCGGGGACGCAAGGACCGGCGGGGACGCAGCGGCCCAGGAAGCAAGCGGGCUGGGCCUCGGAGGGUUGACGGGGAGGCCCCCCCUGCCCUGCUCUACUGGUGCUUCCUGCACAAGGACGCUGAGGCCCCCUGGCUCAGCAAGCCCGCCUACGACAGCGCCGAGUGCAGCCACCAUGCCGCCGAGGCCCUCCGCGCGGCCUGGCGCCUUGAAGCUGCCAGCCUGGCUCACCGACCAAUUCCGCGGUCUGGCCCGUCCCCGUCCAGCCUGAGACCCAAAAAGAUGGCAACGAACUUCCUAGUCCACGAGAAGAUCUGGUUCGACAAGUUCAAAUACGACGAUGCAGAGAGAAAGUUCUACGAGCAGAUGAACGGGCCUGUGGCCGGCUCCUCCCGCCAGGAGAAUGGCGCCAGCGUGAUCCUCCGUGACAUUGCGAGAGCCAGAGAGAACAUCCAGAAAUCCCUGGCCGGAAGUUCAGGUCCUGGGGCCUCCAGUGGGCCUGGUGGAGACCACAGCGAGCUCACUACUCGGAUCGCCGGUCUGGAGGUGGAGAACCAGAACUUGCGAAGCGUGGUGCAGGGCCUGCAGCAGGCCAUCUCCAAGCUGGAGGCCCGGCUGAGUGUGCUGGAGAAGAGCUCGCCCCCCCACCGGGCCAUAGCCCCCCAGACCCAGCACGUGUCUCCCAUGCGCCAAGUGGAGCCCCUGACAAAGAAGGCGGCCACACCGGCGGAGGAUGAUGAGGACGAUGACAUCGACCUGUUUGGCAGUGACGAGGAGGAGGACAAGGAGGCCGCCCGACUCCGGGAGGAGAGGCUGCGGCAAUACGCAGAGAAGAAGAGUAAGAAGCCCGCGCUGGUGGCCAAGUCCUCCAUCUUGCUGGACGUCAAGCCUUGGGACGAUGAGACGGACAUGGGCCAGCUGGAGGCCUGUGUGCGCUCCGUGCAGCUCGAUGGGCUGGUGUGGGGCGGCUCCAAGCUGGUGCCCGUGGGCUACGGCAUCCGUAAGCUGCAGAUCCAGUGUGUGGUGGAGGACGACAAGGUGGGCACUGACCUUCUGGAGGAGGAGAUCACCAAGUUCGAGGAGCACGUGCAGAGUGUUGACAUCGCAGCCUUCAACAAGAUCUGACCCGGCCCGCCUGGACCCUCAGCGAUUAAACACUGGCACUCGCA